CCAUCUUGACUUCGCCUUUGGCUAGAUAAGUUUUUUUUCGCGGGCGAUGUUUCGCGGACUGAAAAUUGACUUUAGUGUUGUUGUCGCGCGAUCGCGAUAAUCAUGAUCCGGUCAACAUUUGGCACUUGGUAGUGCGGGUACCAGUAGGCGCAGCAGGAACCCACAAAUAGAUACACUCGAUGCACCCAGGCUAAUGAGAGAGAGUCAUUUGAAUAUUAUCUAUCUGCAUUUAGUGCAAAGUAACUUUCAUGAAAUUCGACACACAAAUAAUAUCCGCGUUUAAUAGCUUGUAAUUUGUAAUUCGUGGCAUGUUACGGAGUGGCUAGUGGAACGCGGCGGAUUAGUGAGAGGGUUGGGUGCACCCAAGUUUAGCGCAGAAGCGCAUACGCGUGUGUAUCUUAAUUAGCGUGCUAGUUCGCCACUAUUUUGUUUGGAUAUUUGCCGCUACAAAGUUGGGUCGUGAAAUUAGUUUCGAUUUUCACUACCUAAAGUGAAAAUUUUAAGUGAAUGUUUUGAUCGUGCAAAUUGCUCGCAAUUUUCCCCGUAACUUCGAAAUUGGACAACACUCAAAACUGGGAGUGGUUGCUACUGUUGCAGAUACUUGGUUCUGUGUGUUUCCAGCAAAGGUGCUUCGGUAGUGAAACAACUCUGCAAAUAAUCAUAGCCAGCUGUAACUCGAUAUCUGGGUGAAUAGUGUAUUGUACGCAAACAGAAGGUAUCGGAAUAUUUGCACCACAUAUGUAUCACCUGUUCGUUGUUGCAAAUACCACAACAAAUCAAAUUGGAAGUGGCUCGAAAGUGAAAAGUGCGACCCAAUAAAGUAGAAUUAAGGAUGUACGAGUAUCUUACCUGCAUAUUAAACGUUGAAUGUAGCUCGCAUACUCAUUAGUGCACAAUUCAUUUCCGGAAAAGGAGCGCAUCCAUGUUACUAAAUCAAAGUCAUAUCUUUUAUCGGAUCCGAGCAUCAAUCUCAUCCAAGUAUGAAUUUAUCUUUUCGCGGUAAUAAGUGGAACAAGAAGCACGACUGAGUCAUUCAACAGUUCAGCGCUUUCAACAAUUGAAUUCAACGAAUAGUAAAAUGAGGAUUUACAGAUAAUUUCAUGGUGAACCUCACGGCAUCGAGUUAAGUUGCCAACAUUUAUCCGCGUCAAACUGAAUUUGCUAUUUGAAAGCCAGUAGGCAUUUGGGCCCUGAUUGCCGCCUCGGUGUUGUGCACUGGGAGUAGUGCCAAUUGUGGGCGGUUGUAAGAAGCAACCCCAACACGAGAGCCUCUCCCCACGCCUUCAUCCAUCUCUAUAUAUCUCUAGGAAUGACCGAAAAGAUACGGUCGAUAAACAUCAGCAGAACUGGAGCAGGAAGCAAUAGUGUAGAAGUUAGCUCAACUUCUGUUAGUGUCACGCAUAUGGCAUCUUCCGGGAGCGGUACAGGAGGAACAAAUAUAUCUGAACCAAUGCCACCACCACUUUUGUCAUCAUCUUUACCUCCAACGACUGCUGGUAUCGGUGGAUCAACAGUUGGUCAUAAUGCUGGUGUGAAUGUGAACAGCUCCCAACAGAAUAGUAUGAGUGGGGGUGGAAAUACUUCGGGCAAUGAAAGUGAAUCAGAGCUGGGUCAUGAUCUAAUUGUCGGCGCCGGGGAUUGUAAUUCGAUUAUGAAUUCCUCACAGAUAUCGACAGCUUCGAACGACUCAGUUUCAAUAACGAAAGCCAAUUUAAGCAUAGCACACAACAUUGUUGGGAGCUCUUGUCGCUUCCCGAAACUUGAAGAAUGCGCACAUUUCCACUAUGAACGGGUCCAACUAGGACCACUUUCCGUUCGUCUUGCCGACGAUAAAUCGGACCUCCUGAACACAAGCAUUGCAUCACAAUCGAUAAGUGGCGACGUCGCCGGGAUCAACUCAGUCUUCGGCAAUCUCGCAUCACAACAAUCCACCAACCAGACAUCACAGUUACGCCUCUUUAACCAAUCAAAUUGUUGGUUUAUAAUGAAAGUGAUAUCCAGUCGAUCGGAUCCAUUUCUGAUAAAACGAUCCUUCGAUAACGUUCGUAUGCUCGACGAAAUGCUUCAUAGAUGCGUGUAUGACAGGAAGAUAAGCGGAUUACGAGAUUUAGCCCAACUGGAGCUGAAAAACGAGGAAGAGGUGGAGUAUGCAGUGUCUAAGUAUUUGGAAAGAUUCUCCAAGAUAGCCUCGGACUCGUUGACUUGUGGUACAGUGCUGACUUGGUUGCAGCUAGACAAUAGGGGUAGGAGACUGCCCCUGGCAGAUAGUGAAACAAUGCGAAGUAUCAACACCCCGGCAGUGGGGGCCGCUUAUGGCGUAAGGAGAUAUAUAGCACAAGCAUGUGAUGAAAUCUCUAUUGAAGUCGGCGAUAUGAUAUCCGUGAUAGACAUGCCCAGCCCGGCUGAGUCUGUGUGGUGGCGCGGGAAAAAGUCACAUCAUCAAAAAAGCCAAUAUGAAGUUGGUUUCUUCCCGCAGAGUUGUGUAGCCACCAUCGGUGAUAAAGUUCCACGCCACUUGCAGCUUCCGGCUCCAUUAGUAGGCCAACUGGAUGUAUCACCAACGAAACCAGUCCUUCGAAAACACGGGAAACUCAUCGCUUUUUUCCGAAGCUUUAUUCUUUCUCGACCCUCGCGUCGUCGCCUGAAACAAAGUGGAAUUUACCGUGAAAGAGUCUUCUCAUGUGAUUUGAGUGAGCAUUUGUUAAACAGUGGACAAGAGAUUCCGAUGGUUCUUAAAUGUUGCACCGAAUUCAUCGAGGAAAAUGGAAUUGUUGAUGGGAUCUAUCGAUUGUCAGGCAUAACAUCGAAUAUUCAGAAACUGAGGCGAGCAUUUGAUGAAGAAAGAGUGCCUGAUUUGAAUCAUCCGGAAAUAAAACAAGACAUUCAUGCUGUCAGCUCACUGUUGAAAAUGUACUUUCGUGAACUUCCUAAUCCGUUGUGCACUUAUCAGCUGUAUGGAAACUUUGUAGAGGCGAUCAAAACUCGAGGAGAUGCAACUGAACAGUUGAGAUUGAUGAAAGAAACGGUUUUGAAAUUGCCACCGCCUCAUUAUAGAACCCUGAAAUAUCUUGCAACGCAUUUAAACAAAAUAUCUCGACAUUCGGCCAGUACAGGGAUGACAGACAAAAAUUUAGCAAUUGUCUGGGCCCCUAAUUUGCUUCGAAGUCCUGAACUUGAGUCAGGAGGUGUUGAUGCCCUUCGGGGGGUUGGUGUACAAGCCGUUGUCACUGAGUACCUGAUUAAAAACUGUCACCUAAUUUUCGAUCCAAAUGAUGAAUUCAACAGGAGUGGGGGUGAUCAACGGCUUGAUUCGUUAACCGAUUGUGAAAGCCUAUUAGUUGAACAGCGCGAGCAUGAUCAAUCACUUUCUCUUAUCGAACGACCGAAAAGUCUAAGUGCCGGUGGGGCUAAGUUGAUAAGCUUGGAGGAAGCACAGGAACGGCAUAGUCGGGUUGACGGAGUCGAUCCGAAUAAAUCUGUACCUAUAAAUGCACCGCCGCCAAAUAUCGGAGCCUACAUAGAAGUUGGAGGGGGACCGUCUAGUCUUCCGGAUAAAUAUCACACGGUCCUCACAGUCCCGCGAAGUUGGCAAAAGAGAAAGACGAACUCGUGGAAAUCACUUUUCACGAGAAAUCCGAAAAAUUCAAACAGUAACAACGACAUCAAAUCUAUAAGUGUAUCGUCGCCUGUGCAAAAGGAACCUGAAACGAAUCCUCCCUUCUCAGAGAGUACAGAUAAUGACUUAGACAAAAUCCAUUCGGUCCCUUUAAAUGGUCAAACACAACAAAAGCCAAAGUCGAUAGAGUUAUUCGAUGGUAAAACAAUGGAUGUUUGUGUUCGAUCGAACUCAAUCGACAGCUUACGAACUGCAGGACAUUCCCGAUCAGUAUCGCAUGAUUCGUAUUUUGAUUUGCUCCAAUCGCCUUUGAGAGGUGUCCCCACAUGUCCAUCACGGGAGCUAUCUGAGCUCGGGUUGAAUUUCGACAGAGAAGAACCUGAAAUGAGGAUAUUUUCCGAAAGUGAAAGCUUAGUGAGCAGCCCAAAAGUGGGAAAGGAAAAUAUUCCGCCUAGUAGACGAGUGAUGCGUGCCCGACCUGAAGAAUUUUCAAGUGCUACCAAUAGUGUGAAUCCCAGCCCCAAAAAGCAACCACGAUUAAAUCUACUGAGUCCUGGCGACCCACCAUCGUCCAAUUGGCCAACAGUUGCAGAAGAGUGUCAACUGGAUGAAAGUUGCUGCAAACGUUACAAACUCGAGGAUCAACUUCCCGACAUCCAGUUCAUCGAUUGUAGCACCCCCGAACAUACUAUCCUGAAUUCCAACACUGUCUACACCAGCGUUCAAGUACAUAACCCACCCAGUUCACUUUCAAAAAGUUCCAGUUACAAUGACGAUUUGGCAAAUACGGGCACGAACGAUGUUGCGAAAAAGGCUGUGAGCAAUAGCAGUAGUAGUUUUAUAAAUGCUCUAUUCGAUGGAGGGGACGGUCAGAAUAUCACAUCACGUUAUAGUUAUCCAAUUGUGCAAGCUGGAAGUAAGAGGAAGGACAACGAACCGGUAUUGAAGGAAAGAUUCAGUUAUCCUGGGUCGGGAGGGAAUCGAGAAAGCAAAUAUAUUUGUAGAAUGCCAAUUGUGAGCGAUGUAAAGAUGAAUAUAGCGGAGGAGGAUAAGAAAGAUGAUGGAGAUAAUAAUAGACUAAAUUUUUCUCACAAACCUAAAAAUCGCUACAGUUACUGUGAACCGACAUCGGCUUCAUCUGAUCUCCAAAAGUCCCCCUUAAACUUUAUUCUACGCAGUAGCUCCGCUGAUCUGGCUAAAAAUAAGGCCGAAAUGGAACGAUCGAAACUUAGUGUUGCGACACCAUCUUCUCCAAUGCAGAGCCCCCGAUAUUCUCUUCUUGUUGGCGAAACUAGUUCGGAAAAUAGCAGCACCAUCAACACUCCCAUCUACGAUAUGGAGGUUGGCUCAUUACAAAUCGGGAUGGGCACUGGAAGCAGUAGCAACGGGCGAAAUAAUAGUGGCGUCGUAGGCGACGACGAAAUCAGUACUAGCAAUAAUGGACAAAAUUGUGGCAUACGUAAUUUUGAUACCAAAGAUUUUAGUUAUAUAGUUUCAGAAGACAGUUGUAGUAAUCUCAACUCACAACUAUCUCAAAACGCAAGCGAUAAACGUGAUAUCUCUGCCUUGAAGCGAGAACUUUCAUUGGAUUUGGAGGGUGGAGGCUCAAAAAUGUCUGUUGAUCUCACUGACAUGUCUUUGUCUUCGAAUAAUAAGCAAAUAAUAAACAUCCCAUCGUCUCCAAAUAAUUCCAAUUUCACACACACUUCAGAUAAUACUAGUCAAUCGAUAACUCCAAGCGAGUUUGGAUAUCAACAUCUCAAUCGACCAUCAAACCCGAUCUCAUUGGAGAAUUCACCGAAGUUUGAUGGCUACGAAAUCAUGGAGCAUGCAUUUAUAAACUAUGAAAAGCCUCCCUUGCAGCAGUCACCAUCGAAAACGAAAGCGGGAAGCCCGAUCAAGGCCACAAUCAACAUAACUUAUAACGUGAAAUCACCAGUUCGAAAGACAUUUGCGGAAAAUGAAAGCUGUAAAGAUGACUACGAGACGGUGAAUAUUAUUGACUCGCCUAGAAGUGCGCAGAGACCAUUGCUCGAAACUAGUUUCGACGAGAACAUGGUCUACGAGCAAGUGAAAUUUUUCAAAUCCUCUGUAUCAGAGGUCAACCAAAUGCUUAAUAAUGGGAACAAUGAAUAUAGUGAUAUGAAGUUGAAGGCUGAACCACAAAGAGUGCCGGAAAUGACGGUCAGUUUAAGCAGAUCUAGCUUAGGCGAAGUCAACAGUAAUUUAAUAGUGGACGAUGUUGCGACCCCGAAGGCUGACUACAAUGAAUCUGAGGAUGUGUUAAUGUCUGACAAUCUAGAUAGCCUUGAAAUAGACCAAAACUGUUCACUCUACGAGAAUGUCGAGCUGCGGAAGCCACCAAACGUCUACGAGAACGUGAAAAUAAGUCCGAAGCCGUUGAAAUCUACAUCUGAGUCUAGAUCUCAGUCAGCUCCCGUAGGUGGCGGUAGUCAUCAAAAUAAAACCAAUGAUACGACACGGAAAUCGGCUCCAAAUUUCAGUGUGCGCCAAUUGGCGACAAAAUUUGAAACGAGUCCGGUUGAGCAAGCUCCACCUUUUGAUUUCUCAAAUCGUAAUUCAAAGAAAUCAGAUUCUCCAGUGUCCCUUACAAACCGAGAUGCACCUUGCUAUAUCCGAGCUAAAAAUAACGCGAAGCAACUGAAUAAAUCAGCACAAAUUACCCGAAGCUUGGACGAAAAUGCAUUUGUACGUGAGUUCGGUCACCGUCGCAUGGAGGAUGUUACGAAAAGUGUCCAACAGAUUGAGAAAAUCGAUGACACUCGACGAAAAUCAUUCGACUUUGCAAGACCGAAGUCAUUGAAUCCACCAAAACAUUUACCUGAAUUAUCAGACACAGACGGUGUAGAAUUUUGCAAAAGUUCUUCCGCAAAAUAUGCCUCGAAUAAACUCAGACUUGACUUGGAGAAGGUUGAUGAGUCUAUUCCAAAACAGGUCGAAGUAAAAAUCACCCCAACUACUGAAAAUCGAAUCUCACUGAUUCAGAACAACGUAGACCUUAAGACCGUUGCAGGAGGCCCAGACGAAGAUCGUAACACCUCAAACAUGUCCACCAUGAAGGUUUUAAGUGGCUGCAAACUUGACCGGGAACGGAUUGAAAAAAUCAAAGAAGAACGCCGAUUACAACUCAAUGAGAAAUAUCGGUCUGAAUCGUUUAAAUCAAAAUCUAAGACUGAACUCCGUGAAUUUAUUCGUGACGAGAAACAACAAUCCGAAUCGUUACGAGUGAAAUCAAAAUCACGAGGUGACAUACGUUCGUUGCAAAAAGACGUAGACAACUUGAAAAGCUGUGAAUCGCUUACGUUUCCGAAUAGGAUACGCAGGAUUAGUGACGAAAAGAAUCAAAAUAAUGUGCAAGAGAUGUCGAAGACAAUGGGAACUGCUACAUCUCAACCCGGUGAAAAUAAUGUGAAGGGAGGCCAUCUUCAGCAACAGAUGAAAUUUGAAAAGAAAGCAGCAACGGGAACAGGGGAUUUUCAACGAGACCGAGAAAUUUCGGAAUUAAAGUCGCAACCAACAACGAGAACUAGUAGCAUAAACCCCACGCGUGAAGAAAUCUCACCAAAAUUCUCAAUACGGGACGUAGCUGCAAUGUUUGAAUCGCGGUCACAAAAUCAAUGAGAAGGCGAGCACGCAUCUAAUUAAAAACGCUAAAUUUCCAUUGUUAUUCCUUUAAAUACAAUAAAAAAUUGAAAUUUUUACAUUUUUCAAACUCGAAAUUAAACAAAAAAAGAAAAUAUACUUAACACCAAGUUUUUGAUCAUAGAGUUUUCCAUUAGCAAGAGUAAAAUUUGUUACAAAAGUUACGAUAAAAAGACAAAAUUUGUGAAAGUUGUUUGAAUUAAAUAAACCAUGUAAUUACCCUUCAGAAAA